AUGUACCCGGGGUCCCCUGCGUCGCCGCUCCCUCAUAAUUUGGGCUCAGUCAUUCCUCUAUCCCCAACUAGUAGUGACAGAAAGACCCCACUCAAGAAGACAGACAAGUCAGAAUCCGCCAUUAAGAAAGAGGGAAUAAACCGCCUUGACAAGACCGGGAAAAAGUCCAAGAAGACCAACCAAUAUGGCCUCACGCCUGGCGUCACCCCGUUUCCUGACUGGGUCCAUCCCACUCCGGAAGAGUGCAAAGAGGUCAACCGCUUGCUCUCCACCGUGCAUGGGGAUGUUAUACCACCCGCCACUAUCCCGGAGCCAUCGCUUACAGUCACGGGCUGCGGCGAGGUGCCCUCGGUCCUUGAUGCCCUCAUCCGAACCUUGCUCAGCGGGGCAACAACGGGGACUAACUCUGCUCUGGCAUUUAACGGCCUCGUGCAGAGAUUUGGCAUCCUGACGGAAGGAAUCGGUAAGGGAAGCGUGAACUGGGAUGCCGUCCGUAAGGCAUCACUUAAAGAUGUCUUCGAAGCCAUCAAGCGAGGUGGGUUGGCGGAUGUUAAAAGCAAAAAGAUCAAGGGCAUCCUCGACAUGGUCUACGCGGAAAACCAGGAGCGCCGGGAAAUGUUAGUCAAAGGCAGCCAAGAUGUGCCGGCGAACCUGCUCACUAAGCCCGAGAGUGGCAAACAGUAUGAGAUCGCAUGUGCGGAUCAGAACUUCCUUUCCCUAAACCACCUCCACGGUCUCCCGACGGAUGAUGCGAUGGCAGAGCUAGUAAAAUAUCCGGGCAUCGGUCCCAAGACGGCAGGGUGCGUUCUUCUCUUCUGUCUGCAACGGCCUUGCUUCGCGGUUGACACGCACAUCUUCCGCAUAUGCAAAUGGCUGAACUGGGUGCCCCCAGACAAGGCGAAGGAGAUCACGGCCUACCGGCAUCUAGAGGUGCGCAUUCCAGACCAUCUGAAAUAUUCGCUGCACCAGCUUUUUAUACGUCAUGGGAAAUCAUGUCCGCGAUGUCGGGCGAUUACCGGGCAGUCGUCUGCCGGGUGGGACAAGGGCUGUGUAAUCGAUCAUCUGGUGAACCGGACGGGAAGAAGGAAGGCAAAGAUUGCGGAGGAAAAGGAUGGCGGUGGUCGGAAUGGCCGGCAGCGCCGCUCUUGA